CCCUCCGAUCACACUUUGUGUUUGUGAUGCUUGUACUGUAGAUGGAGAUACAAGACUGACGCAACAAGUUAAAGAUCCAGGGAUUCACGUGUGGAUUAACUUUUUGUUUUGAAGCGCAACCUGGACACGUUUUGGAGACGCCAAAGUGGACGGAGAGUUUGUUUUGGAGAUGCGCUUUAAAGUGGUGCUUAUUUUCUAAUUCAGCACAAAACCAAAGGCAGCAUCCACUGAAGCCAUUAUCAUGCGGGGAUACACCUGGACUUCGAAUCAGCGACCUUCACCUAUUUGCCAAGAACCACCACCACCUUAUCACGCCAGCAGGAAUUUCCAACACAAUGCACGACAAUCACACUUCGACUCCCCACCAUACCCCACAGGACAGGCACGGCAUCACAGUGGACAUCAAGAGGUUGUAAAUAACUGGAAUUUCCCUACAAGCAAUACAGAUGGCUUUGCUCAAGGUUUUCAACGAAAUUUCGGUUGGUAUGAGGGACAGCAAAACCAAACAUUUUCUCAACAACCAUUCACAGGCCAACAUCAACACUUCAGGUCUUCAAAUUUUGUUGGACGCAACACAGAUGGUUUUGUGUCUGACAACCCUAAUGCAGAUAAUUACCAUGCCAGAUACAACAUGCAGGCAUGUUCAAAUGCAUAUUUUCCCACCCAGCAAAACUACAGACAAACAGGACCACCGAAUAUUAAUGUUGCUCAUAUGUAUUGUGCUCAAUAUUCAGACCAUGGAAACUCCAGAACUAUGUCUAAUGAUAACAGGGACUGGAGUUCAAAUAUUUCUGACAAUUGCAGGUCUUACCAACAACCUCAGCGUAGACAAGCUCACUUCUAUCCUCAACAGUCAGGUCAACAGCAGACACCUAGACGUCCCUCAACACCUAAACAUUGGGCCAAAGACAAUGCCGUAACCAAAAAACAUAACAAAAGUCAAGCUGGACUUAAAAUAAAUACUUCUCCACCUUCAAAGAACUUUAAACAGAGUCGGACAGAACUGAGGUCUAAUGCAACUCUGAAUGUACCGGCAGCUCCAUCUCCGAAGAAUCAAAGCAGCCCUGAGCAUUCGACUCCAGACACAAAAGGUACACAAGAUAACAAAUCAGCGACAAAUAAGCAGCCAUCAGAUGUCGGAGUUGAAAACACCAGUAUGGAAAAAUCGGAAGACGGUGAUGCCAGCGUGACUGACGACUCCUCGCAAUCAAGGCAACUUUCUUCUGAGCCUAAUUUACAGUCUGUAGUUGAACCCCCCAGUAAACGAAAGAAAUACGAAUUAACUCAGACGAACUAUUGGAACAAGUUCCCAUCCAAAAACUCAAGCGUGUCUAAGGAUGGCAGGUUGCAGUCUGCCUUACCUGGCACCUGUCAGAUAGGCACAACCGAAGAAAACAGCAGUGGGCAAAGUGAGAUUCAAUAUGUUUCUGACCCCACCCAAUGUCUUGAAGCUGUGUUUGCCCUAACGAAAGCCUUUCAGCAAAAAGCCAUAGCGGUCGUCCCUCCCAUUUCCCAGCAGACUUCAAACACAGAAAAGAUGGAUGAUGCAUGCAAAAGGGUUGUUGACAGUCCCCCUUUAAAGAUUGAUGCUGUCUGGUCACUUUCUGAAGAGUGUGAUGAGUCAAAAGAUCCUGUCAUAAAUGCAGAUGACAAGCUGUCACAAGACUCCUCACCAGAGGUUCAGCAGGAUGGCAGAAUCAGUCCUGUAAGUAAGACCACUAACAACAUUGCAGAUCCAAGCGUGACUCAAAGUUUAGAGACUGAUGUAUGUCAAAAUGACGUGCAACAAAGUGACACUGAUUCGAGUGAAACUGAAAUUGAAUUGUCCAAUGUACCAGUGGUUGAAUAUACAUUAGAGAAAUUGAAGAGGUUAGUACAGUCUAUGGAGAUGACAGAGUCAUUUGCUGAACGUACAGAGAAACCCGAGGGAUCUGUUUUCGAUCAGAUCUUGGACAAGUACUGGAAUGGGGACGUUUGCUGUCUUUUAAAGUAUAUACGCACAAACAUAUUAGAUGAUGUCAGACACUCCCUGUAUGUUCAAAAUGUUGAAGAUGACAAAUCUGUGGUAUUUAAAAGCAUCACACCUGAAAACGUUAAAGAAGUGGCUCGCUUUAUAGUUGUAAACAAUGAGACGUGUUCAUCACCCCAGGAGUUUAGGUCUUCUUGGUUAAAUGUUGAUGCUCAGCCAGAUAUCGAGAAAGUCCUUUCAGAACCGCUCUCCAAUUACAUCACUAUCUCCGAAUUGGCGCCUUAUAACAUUUGUGUCCAUGCAGACAAUUUAGGUGAGAAAGACCUUGAGGUUACAUCAUUCGAUGCAGAUGAGCAAAGUGAAAGGCCAGACACUGGAAGUUUUGCGGAAAUUGUCACACCUUCUGCGGGAAAUGGCAGGGUGGAAAUGACCAAAGAGGACAAAGGGCAUUCAAAUGCAAAAAUUUGUGGAGUCGCAUUUCCUCGCAAUGUUCCCAGUGAACAAGAAACAUUUGAGAAGCGAGGUGACAAAAUGCAAAAUCGCAAGCAUCUACACACAAAGCCUUUGGCAAACAUUUCACCCAUAGCGGACAUGUAUUUAGAACGGAGACAUGAUAGCACAAAAGAAACUUUAAGCCAAGAACAUAUAAGAGACAAACAAGAGCAAGUCUUAGCAUCUGCUCCGCUCCUUGAGCAACAAGUGAAAUUGGGCUCUGAACAACCACAUAAUAAUCUGCUUCCCGUGUGCCCUGGAGAUAAACCAUUGCCAUUUGUCAACGCUGUUUCAGAUUGUGUGAAAACCACAGAAGACCAAAGUAACUUCAUAAACACAUGGCAGGUAGAAGAUAUUUCAGAUGAUGACAGUUCAGGCAAAAUGGAGGUCCUUACAAACUCCACAGAUGCAAUGCAAGUAGAAAAUUUUUCUAAAGAUGAAAAUCUAUGCAAUACGGAGGCCCUUGCUAACUCCAAAGACACAAUGCAGACAGAAAGUAUUGCUGAAGAUGAGAAUUUAGGAAAUAUGGAAGUCAUUACUAACUCCACAGACAAAUGGCAGGUAGAAGAUAUUUCAGAUGAUGAUAAUUCAGGCAAUAUAGAGGCCAUUGCUGACUCCACAGACGCAAUGCAAGUAGAAAAUGUUUAUGAAAACGAGAAUUCAGGCAAAAUAGAAGUCCUUUCAAACUUAUCAGACGCAAUGCAAGUAGAAGAAAUUUCUGAUGAUGAGAAUUCAGAUAAUGAAAACUCAUUCAAUGAUUGCUUGUUGAUGGAUAUGACAGUGCUGUCCUCCGAAGAUGCUUUAAAAUUUUUCCAACAGUUAGAAAAUCAACCUCAAUGUGACGUAAAAAACUCAGAGCUUGUGGCAUUAUCUUCCAAUGAGCCUAAUUGUGAAUAUAUCCAACCAAAAACCUGCUCUCGUUGUGGAACCAAUACUAUUGUGACAUCAGAAUUCACUGUUGAUGUGAAUAAAAUGGAUAGUGAACUUUUUUGCAUCCCGUGUUGGGAAACAGCACCAUCGCCUGACCUAGCAAUAAAACCAUGCUCUCCUGAAAAGAGUAAGAUUGAUGUUGUGGGCAGUGACACAAAGGAACUGGAGCAAAAUUGUAGUUUGCCAUGUUUAAAAUCAGAAGUCUUUGAGACAGUUAUUGCUUCAACUGUGCCACACAAAGCACAUCAAAGAGCAGCCUGCGACAAAGUGGUAAAUUCAGUGCCAGACAAAGCAUCUGAGGUUCAAAUUAGAGAUUUUCCGACAAAAAGUUACGCUGUGGAAAAUUCAACCCCUAACAAAGCUCCUGAGACUCCAAGUGGAGGUUUUCCAACAGGAAAGCCAGAAAGUGAUGCUGUGGAAAGAUCAACUCCAAACAAAGCUCCUGAGACUCCAAGUAGAGGUUUUCCAACAGAAAAUGCAAACAAAGCCACUAAGAUUCAAAGAAGAGUUUUUCCGAAAGAGAAACCAAAAAGUGAAGCUGUGGAAAGUUCAACCCCAAAGAAAGCUCCGGAGACUCCAAGUAGAGCUUUUCCACCAGAAAAGCCAAAAAGUGAUGCUGUGGAAAGUUCAACCCCAAAGAAAGCUCCGGAGACUCCAAGUAGAGCUUUUCCACCAGAAAAGCCAAAAAGUGAUGCUGUGGAAAGAUCAACUCCAAACAAAGCUCCUGAUACUCCAAGUAGAGGUUUUCCAACAGAAAAGCCAAAAAGUGAUGCUGUGGAAAGAUCAACUCCAAACAAAGCUCCUGAGUCUCCAAGUAGAUGUUUUUUGACAGAAAAGCCAAAAAGUGAUGCUGUGGAAAGUUCAACCCCAAAGAAAGCUCCGGAGACUCCAAGUAGAGGUUUUCCACCAGAAAAGCCAAAAAGUGAUGCUGUGGAAAGAUCAACUCCAAACAAAGAUCCUGAGACUCCAAGUAGAUGUUUUUUGACAGAAAAGCCAAAAAAAGCACCUGAGACUUCAAGUAGAGGUUUUCCAACAGAAAAUGCAAACAAAGCAACUAAGAUUCAAAGUAGAGAUUUUAUGAAAGAAAAACCAAAAACUGACGCUGUGGAAAGUUCAACCCCAAACAAAGCUCCUGAGAUUCAACUUAGAGAUUUUCCCACAGAAAAUGAAAACUCAGAGAAAAUGAGCAUUCUCAGAUCACAGCUGCUAAUACAACGCAAAAAACAUCUUCCAUUAAAAUCCGCAUUCCGCAGCAGCGCUGGGGAUGGUUCUGAUGACACUGCGCUUUUCGCGCCAGAUAUUGUGCUUAAAAAGAGACGGCCAAAAAAGCAAAAUCACAGCAGCAGCCAUGCUACUGCUGUAUCUGCGACCAACCUUCCUGUUGGCAAAAGUCAGGACUGCAAUAGUGUGAUAAACCAAAAAGAAACCAGGCAAAAAAGACAAGAUCCUCCUUUACAGGUUGUGAAUGACAAAACUAUGCAGGACCAUAAAGAAAAGGUGAGAGAAAAAGGGUCCUGUUACUUAAAACCGUAUUUGACCACAAAACUUGACAGAGCAAACAAGACACCUGUGAAGCACAGUGAGAAUCUGUCACCAAAGAAAACUGUGAAAAAGAAAGUGAGAUUUGCCUUAUUUGGGACCAAAAGCGAUCACCAGUGUGCCGCACAAGAGCGGCGUUUCUCGCCCCCUGCUACUUUAACUGUCUUCAGCGCUUUCCAAGAUUCUAGUAAGCAGUGGUCCCAAAACAAGCAUCCGUGUUUUCCCCAAGGGCGGCGUUUUUCAGACCCCAGUACCUCAACAGUAUCCAGUGCUUCCAAAGACUAUUCAGACGUGCUUUCUGCCAAACAAAAAGUACACAACCAGUGGAGCAGCACUUUUAUACCAAAAGUAAAGAAGACCUCCCCUCCCAGGUCUCCUCCCAGGUCACCACAGAAAGUCGAACCACAGAAAGUCGAACCACAGAAAGUCGAACCACAGAAGAAAAAACCCCAAAAACCCCAGGAAGUCUUGAAAUCAAACAUGGUAGCAUUAAAAAAGCAAAUUUUAUAUAGAGCCAUGCUAUCCAGCCAAGAGACUGAGCAAAAGCAUACAAAACACUAAAUGGUUAACUUGUGUCUUACAAAGUUACUUUUAAUAUGUUUACUUAAAAGACAUGUAAUACAUGUGGCUGUUUUUUUAUUAUUAGCAUUCCUGAUUUUUUAUGUAUAUAAUGUUUUUUAACUUUUGAGGGAAAGACGAAAACUUUAUUUUUAUACAAUCGUUAUAUUGUUUGUAAUUUAAUGUGCACCACUGUAUAUGACUGAAUGUUGCUGGAUGACAAAUGACUGUACAUAUUUAAUAUACAUUUUUGUAAUGCAUAUUUUUUAUUUUUAUUUUUUG